UCUCUGGCUAGAAACCUCCCCUACCAUUUGGCCAAUCGCAUUGCAUGCUUCAAACCGCCUCGUUUUUUUUUCGUCAGCACCCACAGUCCAAGUCAAAGGCCGCCUGGUAAAACGGUUCGCGAAGAGUUGGGUAGCAGUGGGAUUAAAGAUAAUUAAAAAAAGCAAAAUUCGUAAAAUAAUAUAUAUAACAAAUCGGCAAUGUAUGCACAUACGAAUAUGAUGUGCGCCUGAUCUUUCUGCGCAUACGACAGUGGGAGGCUUGGAAGGUUUUGCGUUUUGGGCAUUGCGGAAUUAUAACGAAAGGCACUGGCAUUUGUGUGUAAGAUGUGCGCUGCUUUGUUGGAUAUUUCCGGACGGUAGCCUGUUCAAGCAGCAAGGCCUCAAAUGGGAAAACCAAGCCUGGGACUGGAGUUCCGAGCCUGAGCCGCGGGACACGCAGCUUGGAAUUGGGCAAAGGAUAUUCAUAGCCACACCACUCCAGACAUUUUGUUGGAUAUAAUACUCGCCCCACUGAAGACAACCAUGGAAUCGACCGUUGAUGACGAUGCGAUGGAAGCGUGAAUGAGGUUGGCACAGCGAAGGCUGAACGAUGCCCAAGGGUGGGGGUUCUAAAACACCCCAGUCGGAUGAUUUCCCACCGAACACUGAUAUGGUGGAGAAGCAAACUGGGAAAAAGGAUAAAGAUAAAGUCUCUUUAAACAAGACUCCAAAGUUGGACCGAAGUGAUGGAGGAAAAGAGAUGAAAGAGAAGGCUCCAAAAAGAAAACUACCAUUUACUGUUGGAGCGAAUGGAGACCAGAAAGAUUCAGAUUCAGAUUCUGACCCCGGCCUGUCAUCGGAGGCUUGGGAUCACCAGUGUGCUGCCGCCUCACUCUCUACUCACAGGCCACACUCAGAGAAACAUGGUCCGGAACGGAAGCGGAUUAAGAAAGAACCCACCAACACCAGGAAGUCCGGGCUGGCAUUCGGGGUGGGAAUGCCGGGAAUCCGGGCCGGCUACCCUCUCUCCGAGCGACAGCAGGUCGCUUUGCUCAUGCAGAUGACUGCUGAGGAGUCCAUAAACAGUCCAGACACAACACCAAAGCACCCGUCGCAGUCUACUGUGGGUCAGAAGGGAACGCCAAACUCUGCUUCGAAAACCAAAGAUAAAGUGAAUAAACGUAACGAGCGGGGGGAGACACGUUUGCACCGCGCUGCCAUCCGGGGAGAGGCACGCAGAGUAAAGGAGCUCAUUAACGAGGGGGCAGACGUGAAUGUAAAAGACUUUGCAGGCUGGACAGCCUUGCAUGAGGCAUGCAACAGGGGUUAUUACGAUGUGGCCAAGCAGCUGCUGGCAGCCGGAGCAGAGGUCAACACGAAGGGACUGGACGACGACACCCCGUUGCACGAUGCCUCCAGCAAUGGGCACUUCAAGGUUGUAAAGUUGCUGCUGCGGUAUGGAGGGAACCCCCAUCAAAGUAACAGAAGGGGUGAAACGCCGUUAAAAGUAGCACACUCCCCUACAAUGGUGAAUCUGUUACUUGGGAAAGGCACCUAUACCUCAAGUGAGGAGAGCUCUUCAGAAUCUUCAGAAGAGGAGGAUGCACCUUCGUUUGCUCCCUCCAGCUCUGUUGACGGCAAUAACACAGACUCAGAGUCCGAAAAGGGCUUAAAGCUGAAAGGGAAAAACCAGGACCCCACGAAAUCGAUGGCCACCCCAGUAAAGGAUGAAUACGAGUUCGACGAGGAUGACGAGGAGGAGAGAGUCCCUCCUGUCGACGAUAAGCACCUUCUCAAAAAGGAGUUCCGCAAGGAAGCCGCCAUGAAAGCCAACAGCUUAAUUUCUGUCCCCAAAAUUGAGGUCAAAACAUAUUCCAAAAGCAACUCGCUCACACCAAAGAAGACAGCACGCCGGAUUCUGUCCGACACAAACAGCUCAGAUGAGGACAACAGGACUUUGUGUUUCUCCCCAACACCAACGGCAAAGCAGCAGCCAUCUUUCAAGAAUCGGGAAUCCUUGACCACGUCCUCCAAGCAGCAGAAAGAAAAAAGCAAAGUAAAAAAGAAGAGGAAGAAGGUAACAAAAAACAGCAGUAGUGCCAACAAGGAGGUGCGGUUUGGCAAAUUGAAUGACACGUUCUGCACGUCAGAAUCGGAAAGUGAGGAUUUGGAGAGCGAGGACGACAAGGGCUCGGUUCAGAGCUCUGUCUGUGUUAAGGACUCUUCUGCUUUGAGCCUUAAAGAAUCGUCUGUUUUCAGCUCUCUUUCCGCCACCUCUUCCUCCUCCCAUGGGAGUUUGGCCACCCAAAAGCACACUCCAUCACUGGCGGAGCAGCAUCCCAAGCAAUGGCGGACUGAUGGCUGGAAGACCAUCUCCUCACCUGCUUGGUCUGAAGUCAGCUCCCUUUCAGAGUCGGGCAGGACCCGGCUGACCAGUGAAUCAGAUUACUCUUCCGAGGACUCAAGUCUGGAGUCAGUGAAGCAUGUGAAGAAAAAACAGCAGGAGAACAAGAAGAAGAACAAUACUCACAACAACUCAGAGAAAAAGAGCUCCUCUGAUUUCUACAAGAACUCAAGCACAGAAGGUGCUGUCCCCAAGUUGGACAAGGAAGGAAAAGUGGUCAAAAAGCAUAAAGUAAAACACAAACACAAAAGCAAAGAGAAGGACAAGACUCCUAGCCUGGUCCUCAACCAAGACAUGAAAGAGAAAUUUGUCAAAAGCUUUUCUUUCGAUUACGAGGAUACCAGACAGAAGCCGUUGAUCUCUGAGGCAGAGUCUCCUGUUGAAAAUAAAGUCAAGAGUUCCAAACAUGACAAAGACCACUUUCGAAAGGAAGAUAAAUUGUUCAAGGGCAAGUCGGAGGAAAAAGACUGGACCUCAGGGAAAGAAACAGGAAAAGCUGCUAAAGAGGAGAAGUCUUCAAAGAAAGUGUCCUCCAAAGACAAAUCCAACAAGGAGGACAAAGACAAAACAUUCAAAAUAGAAAAAGAAAAAAACACAAAAGACAAGGAAAAGCCUAAGGAAGAAAAGCAAAAGACACACAAAGAGGAGAAGAAGAAAAAGUCAAAGGAUAAAUCAUCCAAAGCAGAAAAGAAUGAGCAAAAAGAAGAAAAAUACCCCAAAUCUGAAAAGGAGAAGACCACAAAAGAGGAGAAAGAAAAAUCAAAAAAGGAAAAAACAUUCAAGGAAGAUACCGAUUACGAAGACUAUGACAUCAAGAAUCGUUUUUUGGAAAGCGAGGACACCAAAUUAAGUGUAUCCGAUGAUCCCCAUGACAGAUGGCUUUCAGACCUUUCUUCUGAUUCAUCUCUCUAUGGUGAUGAUAGUUGGGACACUCCGAUAAAAGAAUAUAAGGAAUACAAAGCUAACAACACCGUCAAACUGAUUGUUGAGACUGUAAAAGAGGAAAACAGAGACCGGAAAAAGGAAAGCAAAGUAAAAGAAAAGAAGGAACACAGUGAAAAACGGAAUGAAAAAGAGAGCACAACCAAGAAGUUUUUAGAGAAGAUUGGGGAUAAAAAGUCUGCAGAUAAGCAGAAGUCCAUCUCCAGCUACCCAUCAGAAAAGGAAAAAAAGAGGAAAGACUCUGCCGAAAGUAUCAAGGAGAAAAAAGAAAAGGAUCCCAUUGAUUGCAGCAAGGAAAGAAAAGACUCCUACGACAUCAUAAAAGAAAGGAAAGAAUAUAAAACUAAACCAGAUGAUUCAUUAAAAGAGGAGUAUGGUAAUGAAAGUUUUUUCAGAGAUAAAUCUGAAACAGAAUCAAGGGAGAGGCACUACUCUGGAAAAGAAAAGGAGAAGAAAGGAGAAGGUGCAGAAAAGAAAGAAAAAUUGAAAUCUGACAAACACAAAGAGAAAACUAAAGAGAAAGAGAAGAACUUCUUGGAAUCGGAAAAAGAGAAGACAGAAAAAAAUUCCAUUGAGAAGCCAUCCAAGGAGAAAGAUACGGACAGAAGUUCAAAGGAUAAGAAGGAGGGAGUGAAAGACAAACACAAAGACUCCCAUGUCAAAGACAAAGAGAGAAAAAUGUCUUUAGAACAAAGCAAAGAUAAAAAAGAGAAAGCAUCCCAAGACAAGCAUGCAGACAAGGAGAAGGACUUUCAAGAGAUAAAAAAGGAAGAGAAGAGAUCUGAAAAGGGGAGGGAAAAGAGCUGGUUCAGUAUUGCCGACAUCUUUACUGAUGAGAGUGAGGAUGAGGUUGAUUACAAUUUGGGGGGCUCAAAAUUCAGCGACUCAGUUGCAGGAUCUGAAAUCCAACGGACAGACCUUCUACCAGAACGAGAUGAGGUAGAGCUGUUCCAGACAGACAAGCACCGGAAGUACUCUGCUGAUGGAAAGCAGCACUCAACAGAGAAACAGAAGGAGAAAGAAUCUAAAGAAAAGAAAAAAGACAAGGUGUCAUUUGACAGUGGGAAGGAGAAAAAGGAAAAGAGCUCUUUAGAAAAACACAAAGAAAAAAAGGACAAAGACUCUGGUGAGGGCAAGCACAAGGACCGUAAAGAGAGGAUAUCAACAGAUUCAAACCAGGACAAAAAAAACAAACAGAAGAUGCUUGACAAGAGGCACCAGAGUGAGGAGAAACCCAAGAGCAAGCAUAAAGACAAGCCAGAGAAAGACCACCUGAAAGACAGGAAGCCAUCCAAAGGAAACAUGGAAAAUGAAAAGUCUCUCCUGGAGAAGCUUGAAGAGGAAGCUCUGAAUGACUACAAGGAUGACUCCAAUGACAAAAUUAGUGAGAUCUCUUCUGACAGCUUCACAGACAGAGGCCAUGAGCCGGUACUCAGCAGCUUCUACGACUCCUCAAGCAUCAGCCUGCCUGACCUCUCUGAAGAGAGAAGGGACUCGCUCUCUAUUUCUUACCCUCAAGACAAGCUCAAAGAGAAGGAGAGACAUAGACAUUCCUCCUCUUCGUCUAAGAAAAGCCAUGAGAAAGAAAAAGACAAAGUCAAAAAGAUAGAAAAACGGGACAAGUCAGAGGAGAUCAGGGAGACCUAUGGCCGGAGGGAAAGCUUGCCGUUUGAAAAAGAGUCCAUGCCCUUGGAAGCUGAUCCAUACAGUUUCCCUUAUGGGAUGAAUCCAGAAGCUGAGCACGAUCUGGACAAGACUAUUGAAUUUGAGAAGGAGAUGUCUAAAAAGACAGACAAAGAAAAAGCUUUCAGCAACCUGGUCAACAGCGAGAAGAUAAAGGAUAAAGAGAAGAAGAAGAAAGACAAGCAUAAGGAGAAGGCAAAAGAAGAAAAACACAAGCAUGCAGAUAGCUUUGGCUCUUUCAAACACUUAAAGGAAGAUCAGAAACUGGGCCUGAAGGACAUACCUCAAGUCACUGGCUUAAAGGAAAAGUCAAAAGAUGAGACAGCUAAAUGUGAUGCUAAACUCAAAGAGCGGUGCAAAGACAACUUGGACAAAGACAGCAAGACUGAUUCUGUGAAGACAAAAGCAAAAGAGGAAAAUGACAAAGUCAGCCAGUCUAGAGAUGGGACUCGGAAAGAAAACAGGCCAAGGGAAAGGCUUUUAGUUGAUGGGAACCUCAUGAUGACCAGCUUCGAAAGGAUGCUGAGUCAGAAAGAUCAGGAAAUUGAGGAACGCCACAAACGGCACAAGGAGCGGAUGAAACAGAUGGAGAAGAUGAGGCACAGGUCAGGGGAUCCAAAGCUUAAAGACAAAACAAAAACGAGCGAAGACCUGCGUAAGAGAAGCCAAGAUCUGACUUCAAAAAAGUCAAGCUCAUUAGAAACUGUGCUGAAGGACAAGAAACCCAAAGAUCUGGGAAUUCCAGUUCAAAUUAUGUCACCGGAUAUAAAGGCGCAAUCUGUGGGUGGCCAAGAUUCAAAAGACUGGCUGGUGGGGCAUCAGUUGAAAGAGAACUUGCCAGCUUCACCAAGGCCAGAUCAAAGUCGACCAACUGGAGUCCCAACUCCAACAUCUGUGAUUUCUUGUCCAAGUUUUGAAGAAGUGAUGCAGACACCACGCACACCAUCUUGUAGUGCAGAGGACUACACAGAACUCAUGUUUGACAACAUUGAUUCUCAGAACUCAUCUGCUAUGACAAUGUCCAUGAAUGCCUGCUCUCCAUCCUUCUUUGAUAGAUAUUCUAAUACACUCAACAGUCUUCAGGAAACUCCUUGCUUAACUCCCACCAAGAACCUACCGACAGCCAGCCUUUACCGAUCAGUGUCAAUUGAUGUCCGGAGGGCCUCAGAAGAGGAAUUUAAAAUGGAUUCUGACAAGUUCUUCCGGCAACAAAGUGUACCAGCGACAUCUGAGUAUGAACCAUCGCUUCCGCAGCUGCCUGAAGAGAAGCCCCUGGCUUCAGCUACGCCUUCAGUGGACAAGUUUGACUGCGUGUCCCCUCCUUGUUUUUCUCCUAAUUUCAGAAUGUCCUCACCAAGGUUGGAACCAGCUCAGCCUGCAAUGGAUGGCUCCUCUGCUGCUACCACAGACAAUCUUGAAAACUUUCCUGAGUGUGUCUAUAAUAAUUACUUAACAAAAUCUUCAAGUCCGUUACACAGACCUGAACCCGAACCACAGGAGCCUUGCAUUGAUAUUGCUACACCUCCUAAUCCUGCCCCUGUUGCUCUUCCUCCUCUAGAGCUAGGUGAUUUCUCUGAGCUGCAGCCGCUGCCAUUGCCUCAGACCAGUGAACCCAUUCUGGUACCUUCAGAUCCUGUGAACAGCGAUGACUUCCUGCCACCAGUUGUAGAAGAGAUUGAAAAAGGGGUGGUGGAGGAGGAGGAGGAGGAGGAAGAUUAUGAUGAUGACGAAGAAGAAGAACUACUACAGUUACACGAGGAGGAUGAGGAAGAUGAAAAUUCAUCUUUUUCUGCUUCUGAAACGAUCAAAAAGGACUGGAUGGAAUCUCCUGUAAGGAGGAGUUCUGAGCCUCCACCUCUUCAGUCUCCUUCUCCUCUUCCUCCUCCUUCUCCUCCUCCUCUUCCUCCUCCUCCUCCUCCUCCUCCUUCUCCUCCAGCUCCAGCGAGUCUGGUAGAAAACUCCUCUGAUCACUGGAGCAUCAGCUCACUGCUUCUGAAAUCUCCUCUCAGAACCUUCCCUGAACCGCCACCCUCUACUAAGAUCACCUCUUUUACACUGCCAGAUGUCCAUUUGCAGCACCACCUGCUCACAUCUCUGCCAUGCAUUCCUCAUGCUUCCCCACCCUAUCCUGUCUCUCCUAUCUCUUACCCUGUGCUCCUUUCUGAGCCUGAGCUUGAAACACACAAAGACACAGUGGAAGAGACCCCCAGUCAAUCAGAGCCAGUUGUGGCAACAAGCAAGCCUGAGCCUAAUGUUAUGCCCUCCCCUGCCAGACUGGAUUCCUUCUUUGCAGACUGCAAGCCCCUUCCCGAGGAGCAUAGAGCGAUGUCACCAGAGCCUGCAUGUUUGCCAACAGAGGCUCAACCAGAUACCCUUCCCACUUUGGAAAGUAAAUACAUUGAGGACAGUAACAUAGCAUCUCCUGAGUGCCAGGAGGAUCCGCUGGUACCAUGGUCGGACCCUUUCUCAAAUGCUGUCGAAGAUCUAGACCUGGGACCUUUUUCUCUCCCUGAGUUACCUUUGCAAGAUAAGGAAAUCCAAGAGCCUGAUAUUGCAGAUUCUGAGCUCACUGAAUUUAAACCAGUUCCUGCUCCCCCUGUGCCUGCAGCUGAGGAGGACAACGAGGGGUCUGAUCUAAUUGAGGUUGAUUUGCCAGGUCUGUCUGAUGAAAACCUUAGCCCUCCAGCUGUUGUGCUGCUACUUGAACCCCUACAACCUCUGCAGCUCCCUUCUGAAGAACACGAACCAGAACUACAGAAAGUUCCAGAGGAUUACACCACCGAUCAUGUUGUUGCAGAAGAAAAGGCUGCUUUGGAUGCAAGAAAGGAACCGGUGGAAAGCGUGCAGGCUCCCACUGCGCAGAGCGAAGGAGCUGACACCAACAACAACCAUGAAACUGAAUUUCCAGACUCUUCAGUAGAGGAGCCCUUGGCUGUUGCAGCUCCUCCAUCCUGUGAUACCGAAGGCCAUUUAGGCCAGGAAAAUAGUGCCCAGCCUCUUGCAGCAACCACAGUUCAACCCAGCCCAAAUCAAACAGUUGCAGACCAAACUGGGGUUCCCCAAUCGAAUGCCGUCCAGGUUACAGAAGCCCAUGAACCUGUGGCUAAGACAACAUUAAUCCCCACCACAGAGGCUCCCAAACCAGCAAAGGUGGAGGAGAUUCCUCAGAGGAUCACCAGGAAUCGUGCUCAGAUGUUGGCUAACCAGAGUAAGCAGAACAAUAAUACCACCACAUUAAUGACAGCUUCAACCCCUGCCAUCAACAACAUCACCUCUCCUGCUGAAAAGGAGAAAGAAUCUAUCAGCACCACCACAGUGUCUGCUCCAGCACCAGUCAGCAAGACCAAAGGACGGCCUGUGGAGGAAGAGGAUUCACAGGCACAGCACCCACGCAAGAGGAAGUUCCCCAAGUCCAACCAGCAGCAGCAAGUCCAAGCGCAGCUGGUCAACACCACCAUGCACCAGACACGGGAGGUGAUCCAGCAGACCUUGGCAGCCAUUGUCAACGCUAUCAAACUGGACGACAUUGAGCCUUACCAUAGUGACCGCUCCAACCCUUACUUUGAGUAUCUGCAGAUUCGGAAGAAGAUCGAGGAGAAACGGAAGAUACUCUGCUACAUUACACCACAGGCACCCCAGUGCUAUGCGGAGUACGUCACCUACACUGGUUCCUAUCUGUUGGAUGGCAAGCCUCUCAGCAGGCUCCAUAUUCCAGUGAUUGCUGCACCCCCAUCUUUGUCGGAGCCACUGAAGGAGCUGUUCAGGCAGCAGGAGGCUGUACGGGGGAAACUGCGGCUUCAACACAGCAUUGAGCGGGAAAAGCUGAUAGUGUCUUGUGAGCAGGAGAUCCUAAGAGUGCACUGCAGGGCAGCCAGAACGAUAGCAAACCAGACUGUCCCCUUCAGUGCCUGUACCAUGCUGUUAGAUUCGGAGGUCUAUAACAUGCCUACAGAGAAUCAGGGUGAUGAAAACAAGUCUGUGAGAGACCGAUUUAAUGCCAGGCAGUUUAUAUCGUGGCUUCAGGAUGUUGAUGACAAGUACGACAGAAUGAAGACCUGCCUAUUAAUGCGACAGCAACACGAAGCAGCAGCACUGAACGCAGUGCAGAGAAUGGAGUGGCAACUCAAAGUUCAGGAGUUGGACCCCGCUGUACACAAAUCACUUUGCGUCAAUGAGGUCCCUUCCUUUUACGUGCCAAUGGUCGACGUCAAUGAUGACUUUGUGCUGUUGCCAGCAUGACAGAGAUAAACAAAUUGAAUUAUGAUUAGACAACAAACAGAACAUAUGGUAAGGGCUAGCCAGAAGGAAUAAGAAUAUUUUCUUACAAAAAUACAAAAUACAAAAAAACAUGCUAAUGACUCCCAGCUACAGAGGAGGAAGCAUCUUUUUUUUUUUUCCGGGAAAACAAAAUUGCACUUUUAUCCUACAAGUUGACGCCUCCGUUCAGAUAAAGCAGAUGGCUAGGCUACAAAGCAGCCUCUGUCCCCCCCACCCCAAGUAAAACUCCCAGCGCCGCAGAUCGCAGCCAGUCAUGGGAGAGUUGGGUGUCGAAUGGAGGACUGAAGAAGAGAGUGCAGAUGGAGGAAGGUUGUUCAGUAGAAACACACAAGGUUCAGAGGAAAGCUGCCUUCUCAAAGUGGAGGGAGGAGUGAUCAGAGAACCUGGUGGUCAUGCCCUUCAGAUUUACAGUAGAUGUAUCCAGUAGCGGUGUGCUCCCUGUGUGUUCUUCAGUUUAACCGUUGCCUUCGGUUUCUAGAAAUCAUAGUGAAGGUCUAGUUGGUGUAUCACAUGAUCGGUCCAAAAGAAAAGUGACGUUGAGUAACGCUGGUUGGGGAGUUUAAAGAGGUAUCUGUGGAUGCUACAUUUGUCUCCAUCUCUGGGUUGAAUGACCUCAAAACCUUCAAUAUUUACGAAUGAAUCUUGUGGACACUCGGACACUUUAUCUGACGAGAAAACCAGAAGAAAAUAAAAGCACUGCAAUUGUUGAUCACAAGUUUGCAUGCAGAUUUAAUCAGCCUCUAGUUUUUCACAGUUAAGUAUUCAACACCUGUUGGCUGAAGAAAAAACAAAAAGAAAGAAUAUUGCAAUUAAAGAGGCAAAGACUUUCCUGUUCAGAGAAAAAAUUGUUCUGUUGGAGUAUAUUCUCUGUUUUGGUUUAUAUUUCUUUACUUGGGCAUUUCAUUGUUUCUCUUUCUGAGAAAGUAACUUGAAACACUACAGAGCCAAUAUUAGUUUAAGAGUAAAAAUAAAUAAAAAAAGGUUAUAAAAAAAAAAGUAUCCCGUAAAUGCUGUACAGUUUUUAUAAGUAAGUUAACUGGUGUACUCUUGCUGCCUUCUAGAUAAUUUAUUUUGCCACACAUUACUGCACAGUUGUAAAUAACUUAUGUACUGUAACAUCACUCAGUUAAGUGUAAAAAUAAAUAAAUAAAUAAAAUGA